AGCCGGCGCACAGCCCCAUUUCCCUGCCUGGCUACGCACCACCCGCCCUUUCACGCAGGCCCUCCUCCACUUCCCUCUCCUCUGCUCGCUGCCUUCCUCUCCCUGGUCUUGCCCCCUUUGGUGAGUGCUCCCUCUGCGCCAUGUCCCUGCGGGCCUCCAGCCCGGCGGUCCUGGCCGGGUACCGGCAUCUGGUCAAGCUGGCCCAGCGUUUCGAGGACCCGGUGAUCGGGCACUUCAUCCGCCACACCGCCCGGAUGGAGAUCCAGGUGAACAAAUACUCCACGUUGGACAAUCACACCAGCGCCAGCAUCGCAGAUCUGUACCACCACAUCGGCGUGACCCGACGCGCGCUGGUCUACCUGCAUGAGUGCACGCAAGCCGGCACGGCACCCCCGGCCGUGGACCACACCAGCCACCCGGUCGACCUAGGCACCCUGGACCUGUCCACCGGGGCCGACUGUCUGCGUUAUCUGCAAGAGCAUGCCCAUGGGCGUGUGGGCUUCCUGCGCGACGUGCUGGACGAGAUCCGCCGCUCCGAGGACGAGGAGUUCCGCAGCAUGCUGGUCGAAGACUGCCGGCCGAAGCGCUAUCGCAUGCAGUUCCCCGAGACACGCAGCCGCUUCCCCGUGCACCCGGCCUUGCUGCCGGAGGAGAUGCUCCGCCGGCCGAGCUUCGCCAAACACCGGUCCACGAUGAUGUACCACGCGCGCGAACAUACGGCUGCCCUGCAUCGAUCGCUGGCCCUGCUGAGCCUGGCACGCGAGCCCUUCCAAAGCGUCACCCUCGCGGUUCCCUCCAGUAGGAGUGGCCUGCUGCUGUUCCGCGGUCGCACAUUGCCCAGCAAUCUGGCCGUGCGCCAGGGGCGCCUGACCACCGGUCGACAGAUCAUCCUCCAGCUGGCUUCCACGCGAGAGCGCCUGAGCGGACAAGAGGCCCAACUGGCCGACUCGACGCCCCGCCCCGGCAAGCCGGCCCGGCACCCGCAGGCCGCCACCGACACCGGCCUGACGUGGGAUCCCUACUUCGGCACCGAUCGGCGCAACCACAUGCAUGCCGGCCUGGCGCCGCCUGCUUCGGUCUCGGUGUCGGCCGAUGCCCUGCGGGCGGCCUAUGCCCCGGUCAAUCACCAGCCUGGGGUUGACUCGCUGUCCGGGUCAACCGAUGCCCCGGUGGCCGAAGAGCCGGCCGGCGCCGCCACGGCGCCGGACCUGCUGAAUGUCUUCCGCGCGGCGGCCGGCGCCCUGGAGCCCGGUGAUCAGUCGAUCGAGCAGUUGCACAGCAGCAUGAUGCAGCUGGCAUUGUCCCGCGGCCAAAUUGACCUGACCGACACCCCGGCCAUGGUCACCCCCAUGUCCGAGGCCUUCCACCCGGGGCUGUCUCUCAGCCUGUGGACCAUGCGCCUGUCUCUGGCCAAGCAAGUGCGCCGGGUAUCGACUGUGCCAAAGAAGAUCAAGCGCCCAAAGGCCGCCUCCGCCGAUGCCGACCCCGUGGACGGCGGCGAUGCCACCCCCGCCACGGCCUCCGGGCAACGGCGGCGUACCUCGGUCAUCGGGGACUCGCUGGCCGUCGGGACCGGCAUCCAGUCAACCCGCUUUAGCCAGACCCCGGAGAACUCGCGCAAUCUCGGCCUCCGCCGGCGCACCCUGCCGAAGUCCCUGCGCGCGCGGCUGAUCGCGGAGUUCGGCACCUACUCGUCUCCGGCCGGCGAUGCGUCGCGUGGAUGCUGACGCCCCUGCUCAACCCGCACCCCGGUGCUCCAAGACCCGACCCAUCAAAAUAGACAACCCAACAUUCCCAGAA